UGCUUUGGGUUUGGGUUUUGAAAAUCAAACAAAAGCGACAUUAUGAGAGGAAGAAGGAAGGAGGGAGAAGAAGGACGCCGGUGGCGGUCAAAUUCAGACAGCCCCACUGUGCCCACAACACCACACCCGCUUCAAUUAUCAUCAUUAUCAUCUUCAUCUUCAUCUUCAUCUUCGUCUUCAUUUUUCAUUUCCAUGUUCUUCUGCAUAAUCAAACGUUGCACCCUUUUGUUUAUUAUUAUUAUUAUUCCUUUAUUGCAACAACAACCGCAAUUACAACGUCAGAGAUGAAAAACACACGAAUAAUCAAAACCAAUCCUUUUCUCCUCCUCCGUCUUCUAGAACUAGAAGACGACAACUAAUCACUGCCCUCUCUCUCUCUCUCUCUCCUUUGAGGACUUUUCGAUUUCCUGUGAAUUAUUGAGAUUUUGGGUGUCCGAUUUGAUCCUAUUGUCGCCACCUCUUACGACUCCUACCCAAUUUCUUGCAGUCGUCGCCCUUCUCUCUCUCUGGAACCUCAUUGACCUUUCAAAAUCCCAUCUAUCUCUCUUCCUCCCUCGCUCAGAUAUCGCCUUUUUCUUCCGAUCCGGCUGUUCUCUGUCUCUCCCUUUCAAGCUUGGCAGCUCGACAGUGAGAAACAGGAUUCUGUUAUCUUCAGUGGGGUGUCUUGGUCGACCAGAAAGUAAGUUCCCUCCCUGCCCGGGUUUUGGAAACCCAGAAAAAGCUGAAUAGGUAGAUAAAAUCCGUAGCUUUGCUCCUCCGUCUGUCUCUUCACAAAAUUGUUUGUGUUUGGUUGCUAGUUGGGCUUUGCGUUGCUUAGUGAACCAACAUUUCUGUAUCCCUAAGCACUGUCUGUACGGACGCAACUUCCCAUUGGUUGGUUUUUUUGGGAGAUUUAGUUGAGAUCAGCAUCUGGGUAUUGCAUGAAUUUUGUAAAUAUUGAUUCAGUUUGCCGGUCAAUAGGGAUGUUUCUGAUCCUCAGAUGAGAUCAUGGCCUCAAACCGGCCCCUUUUGAUCCCUUCCCCUCGAACCCCAGGCUCAAACCAGGAGGAUCUUCCUUACACUCCCAUCUCCACAGAUCUGCCUAAACCCAUCCCUGCCAAUCCCAAACCUGUUGCCCUAAUGGAAGUCAAUAAACCAGUUGAUAAAUCCCCAGUUCCUGAAUCCGUCCUGAACUCAUCGUCUUCCCAGAGAAGUAUUUCAUCUAUACAGUCAAGGGCUUCAGGCGCAAAUUCGCUCCGGGAGGUCAGCUUUAGUGAUUUAGGUUCCAAACCCGUGAGGCAUGGGUCGAGAGGAGCUGAUUCUGAAGCACUUAGCAUGUCCCAGAAAGAAAUUAACGAUGAGGACGCGAGGCUAGUCUAUAUAAAUGAUCCUGGGAAGACAAAUGAGAGGUUUGAAUUUGCUGGGAAUUCAAUUAGGACUGCGAAAUAUUCUGUUCUUACCUUCUUGCCUCGCAAUCUCUUUGAGCAGUUCCAUAGAGUUGCAUACAUAUACUUCCUUGUGAUUGCCAUCCUCAACCAGCUUCCGCAGCUCGCAGUUUUUGGUCGGGGAGCUUCAAUCUUGCCGUUAGCCUUUGUGCUCUUGGUUACUGCAGUCAAGGAUGCAUACGAGGACUGGAGGCGGCAUCGGUCUGACAAAAUCGAGAACAAUCGGUUAGCAACUGUCUUGGAAAACAAUCAGUUUCAAGAGAAAAAGUGGAAGGAUAUUAAGGUUGGUGAAAUCCUCAAAAUUUCUGCCAGUGGGACUAUUCCCUGUGAUAUGGUUCUGCUUUCAACCAGUGAUCCAACUGGUGUAGCUUAUGUCCAGACCAUUAAUUUGGAUGGGGAGUCAAAUUUAAAGACAAGGUAUGCAAAGCAGGAGACCCUCUCAAAAGUUCCUGAGAAGGAGAAGAUAAGUGGGUUGAUAAAGUGUGAGAAACCUAAUAGGAACAUAUAUGGAUUCCAGGCAAACAUGGAAAUUGAUGGAAAACGGGUUUCUCUUGGACCAUCUAAUAUUAUUCUCCGAGGCUGUGAGAUAAAGAACACUACAUGGGUAAUUGGUGUUGCAGUAUAUGCUGGUAGGGAGACAAAGGCUAUGCUCAACAGCUCUGGAGCUCCAUCUAAAAGGAGUCGACUUGAGACUCGUAUGAACCGGGAGAUAAUUCUUCUCUCUCUGUUUCUUGUUGCGUUGUGUACUGUGGUCUGUGUUUGUGCGGGUGUUUGGUUAAGGCGCCAUAAGGACGAACUGAAUUACUUGCCCUUUUUCAGGAAAGCAGAUUUCUCUGAGGAUGAUCAGAAGAACUAUAACUAUUAUGGAUGGGGGAUGGAGAUAUUCUUUACAUUUCUCAUGUCAGUUAUCGUGUUCCAAAUUAUGAUCCCUAUUUCACUGUACAUUUCUAUGGAGCUUGUCCGCGUUGGUCAGGCUUACUUUAUGAUCAGAGAUGAUCAGAUGUACGAUGAAGCCUCAAAUUCAAGAUUCCAGUGUAGGGCCUUGAAUAUAAAUGAAGAUCUGGGACAAAUAAAGUAUGUCUUCUCAGACAAAACUGGUACCUUAACUGAGAACAAGAUGGAGUUCCAAUGUGCAAGUAUUUGGGGAGCAGAUUACAGUGGUGGGAAAACCAGUUCACAGGGUGAUCAAGUUGGACACACUGCUCAAGUGGACGGGCAGAUCUUGAGGCCAAAGAUGAAGGUGAAGGUUGAUCCGGAGCUUCUACAGCUAUCCAAAAGUGGAAACAAUACCGAGGAAGGAAAACAUAUUAAUGAUUUUUUCCUGGCAUUGGCUGCUUGCAACACAAUUGUGCCUCUUGUUGUAGAGACAUCUGAUCCUACAGUGAGGUUGAUAGAUUAUCAAGGGGAAUCUCCAGAUGAACAGGCAUUGGUUUAUGCUGCUGCUGCUUAUGGCUUUAUGCUUAUAGAAAGAACCUCGGGUCACAUUGUUAUAGAUGUUCAUGGAGAAAGACAAAGGUUUAAUGUUUUGGGGUUGCAUGAAUUUGAUAGUGACCGGAAGAGGAUGUCAGUUAUACUGGGUUUCCCUGACAGGAGCGUGAAAGUCUUUGUAAAAGGUGCUGACACAACCAUGUUUAGUGUAAUUGAUAAGUCCUUGAACAUGAAUGUAAUACGUACAACUGAAGCCAAUCUCCACUCUUACUCAUCAACGGGUUUGAGAACCCUUGUUGUGGGAAUGCGUGAACUAAAUGCUACAGAAUUUGAAGAAUGGCAGUCUUCCUAUGAGGCAGCAAGCACUGCUUUGAUUGGAAGGGCAGCUUUACUGCGCAAGGUUGCUAGCAAUAUAGAAAACAAUCUCAGUAUAUUGGGUGCUUCUGGAAUUGAAGAUAAACUGCAACAAGGUGUCCCAGAAGCAAUAGAAUCUCUGAGAAUAGCUGGUAUUAAGGUCUGGGUUUUGACUGGAGACAAGCAAGAAACUGCCAUUUCCAUUGGGUACUCCUCUAGACUUCUAACAGGUCAGAUGAACCAGAUUGUUAUUAAUAAAAACUCCAAGGAAUCAUGUAAAAGGAGUUUAGAAGAUGCAUUGACUAUGUCUGCUGCUUUUCACAACACUGAUCAAAGCUCUGGAUCCAAUGCUCGUACACAUGCUUUGAUCAUUGAUGGAACAAGUCUUGUUUAUAUCCUUGACACUGAGCUCGAAGAGCAGCUCUUUCAACUGGCAAGUAGAUGUUCUGUUGUGCUAUGUUGCCGUGUGGCUCCAUUGCAAAAAGCUGGAAUUGUUGCACUCAUAAAGAAUAGAACAGAUGACAUGACCCUUGCCAUUGGGGAUGGUGCUAAUGAUGUUUCAAUGAUCCAAAUGGCUGAUGUGGGCAUUGGCAUCAGUGGGCAAGAGGGUAGGCAAGCUGUCAUGGCAUCAGAUUUUGCAAUGGGACAGUUUAGGUUCUUGGUUCCUCUUUUAUUUGUCCAUGGACAUUGGAAUUACCAGCGGAUGGGCUACAUGAUAUUAUACAAUUUUUACAGGAAUGCAGUGUUUGUUCUUGUCUUAUUCUGGUAUGUGCUUUUCACUUGCUUCAGUUUGACUACAGCUAUCAAUGAAUGGAGCAGUGUCUUGUAUUCAGUAAUUUACACGUCAUUGCCUACAAUUGUGAUUGGCAUCCUGGACAAGGAUCUAAGCAGGAGGAUCCUCCUAAAGUAUCCUCAACUUUAUGGGGCUGGACAAAGAGAUGAAAGCUAUAACUCGAGACUAUUUUGGCUAACAAUUGCAGACACUUUGUGGCAAAGUAUGGCCGCCUUCUUUCUACCCCUCUUUGCAUACUGGGAGACCACAAUUGAUGGGCCAAGUAUAGGAGAUCUUUGGACGCUUGCAGUGGUAAUUAUGGUUAAUGUCCAUCUAGCUAUGGAUGUGGUUCGGUGGAAUUGGAUUGCUCAUGCAAGCAUUUGGGGAUCUAUAAUUGCAACCUGCAUUUGUGUCAUUAUAAUUGAUGUCUUUCCUACAUUGCCUGGUUACUGGGCUAUCUUUCAUCUUGUUGGGGAUGGACUCUUCUGGGUGUGCUUGCUUGGCAUUCCAGUGGCAGCGCUGAUUCCUCGUUUUGUUGUAAAAAUUUUUGUUCAGUACCAUAGACCGUCUGAUACCCAGAUCGCAAGAGAAGCAGAGAAGUUCGGGAAUCUUAGGGAGCUUGGAGGGGCAGAAAUCGAAAUGAACCCUAUUUUUGACCACCCUCCCAGGAGAUAAAACAGGUCAUUUUGUUCCUUACAUCACCUCCUCUUUCUUUCUUUUUCUCUUUGAUGUAAAAAUACCAUAUUCUUUAGCCUGCUUUAAGAUUACCCUUUUGUUUGCGGCAUUUCCAGUGUUAUCUAUUGAAGAAUAGAAAUCUCAAGGCUUAGGAUUGUAUCCUUUAUGUUGUAUUUUUUCACAGAAUCAUUCAAUGUACAAUAGCAUUGUUUAAUACAUCAAGUCAUUUAUUUGUUUCA